CUGCAAUGCUGAUUGACUGGCAAGGAUGUGGUUUCGAUCUAGUUAGCAAUGAUCUAAUGUGGUGCUUGUAUGGAUUCAUAAAGAACCUGCCCGAGACAGGAGAGAUGAUUCAUGGGUUCGUGGAAUAUUCUUUAGUCACAUACUGGGACUUCUUAAAGAGCGUACUAAAGUCCUUUGGAGACACAUGCUCCGACUUUGAUAUCCCGGAGGACUCGGACUGGGCGGCGGAGUUAAUCAAGGAGGGAUUUACACUAGAGUUCAUGAAGAAUGCAAUUAUCAGGCCUGUGUUAUGUUUGAAGAAUACUCAACUUCUGAUGGAUUGGUUUCACAAAAUAACUAGCGGAUCCCCGGAUGAGCCCCCGCCCCCUGAAUCUGAAAUAUUUAAAUCUGAGACGUACUCCAACUUUAUCUACCUCUACAUGAAGAUAGGGACCGAGGUUAACGUGUUCUCUCAUCUAGGGAAGGUUCUCUUUAUGUACAUGAAGGAAGCUAUGUUCUCUGAUGAUGAUCCAGAUAAAGAGGAUGAGAGUGAAGAAGAAGAAGAAAAAGAAGAAAAGAAUGAUCAAACUUGUGCUAUGGUUGAUUCUACCCAAGAGAACGGAACGGAAAACAGCGGAGAAGCUGAACCCAGAACAACAGAUCUUGACAACCCCGGAGAAAACGGUACUAAUCCUUCUACAACCCUUGAGUCGGAACUAGAAAGAUUAAAAGAGAACCUUGCUUUGUGUUUAGAGAAUGUGAGAAGUAUAUCUGAACUAAGGAACGGGAGUGAACAGUCUACAGGUGAGGAGGAGCUGGUUCAAGACUGCAAGGAGACCCUGAACAAGAUCUCAACCCUAGCUCCGGAGCUGUUUCCUCAAUCUAAACCCGCUGAACCUGAAAUGACAACUGUAACAUCUAUGUAUGGAAAAGUUUAUAAAGUACGAAAAUCCUGACAUUUUCAAAAUUUUAACGUGUUUUUAUUUUAUUUUAAAAAGACAAAAAAAAUUAGUAAGAGUAAAA